AUGAUCAACAUCAAGUCAAACUCAGUACUCUUACAAUACUACAAGAGAUAUGAACCAUACUUUGACUAUGUAUUCUGUGUUGGUAAAGAUAAACAUAAUACAGGUACUUGGAAGGCAGAGGUAUUGGAGAUACCUAAUGUAACAUCAAUAACAUUGGAUAUUAGACAGGUGUGCGAUGAGCAACUGUUUGGUGAUUUGAAUGAGGUCGUGGAGAAGUUGAAGGUUAGGAAUAGUUCAUUGACAUUGGAUUGUCGCAACGUUGAAUAUACAACACUACCAUCGAUUGUCAAUCAUCACUUCACUGGUCUUCAUGUCGAGUUCCCUCGUCUACAACAAAUGUCCUCUAUAAAUGUCCUGGAUAAGUUCCAAGCCAACUGCUUCUCCAACUCUGUGACCAAUCUGUCGAUUAAGGGUUGCGAUCCCGCCACGGCUGCACGCAUCCUCCCUGCCAACCUUAAGGCAUUGAGUGUGGAUUUGACAGAGUGGGAUGUGAUCAUGCCAGCAAAAGGAAUGUUUCCACCACAUCUGGAUACAAUCCACUGUGCAAAGUACCAGAACCAACCUCUGGAUGUGCUGCCACCUACCAUCACAGACCUCUCAAUUGGAGCAACCUUUGGAUCUGCGUUCAGCCAUGAUCUCCAAUGUCCAUCAUUACGACGACUCACUCUACGUUUUGUCAAGACUCCUCGAUUCGGACCCAUGCCAUACGUCCAUCUAACAUGGUUGAAGCUACACGACAUCAAACUGCAAACUAUUGGAAUGAUCAAUCAUGACAUGUUCCCAGUGCUGCGUGAUCUCAUUAUCACAAAGAUAUUCUUGGAGGUUAGCGAGAUGACUGGCACCACUGCGGACUUUAGACAGUUGCCGCCAUCUCUGAAGAUACUAUCAGUUGCACUGCCCAUGGUACCAUUUGUAUUGCCACCCAUCAACAGUGGCUUGGAUGACCUGAGCAUUCAAUUCCUCACUACCGGCGAGAAACAGAAGUACAACCAUCCACUUGGCGAAUCAAUUCCAUCAUCGAUCAAAUCACUUUCAUUACAAUUCUAUUAUAAGCAAUCGUUGAAGCCAGAGGAUAUCCCAGCAUCGUUGACAUCACUCACAUUGCACCAAUAUGGAUACGACAACAAUUUGGAUUACAACAUUUUGCCACAGAACACUAUUCGAUCAAUCAGUUUGGUACACACAUCCAACGACGAUGAUUCAACUGCAUUCGAUCAAACCAAGUACGUACUUGCACAACUCCAACAAGUACCUACAUGUGUGGCCGAGUUGAAGAUCACUCUCCAUCCAGAGUUUAUCACACUGGCCUUCUACAGAAUAUCUGACAAUGUGUUCUUGGCAAUGUGCUCCAAGGAUCCACUGAACCUGGACAAGAGUGUUUUGGACUUGUCAAUGUCUGGCUUCAUCGAUAUCUCCAGUCCCAAUCUCACCGCUCUACAUCUUCACAGGCUUCUUGGUAAUGAUACUCCCACUACUACCUCUGGUACUACAACAGCCACAGCCACAAUCACAAGCGGCGCCACAAUAGGCAACUCGACAGCAGCCUCAACACCAGGAACUACAACAUCUGGUACAACUACCACCGCCACAGGCACUUCCACCACAACAUCAGUUACCAAAACUGCCACUCCAGCCACGGCAACUGCUACAUCUCCAGUCACCACAACUGCCACUCCUCCACCAACAACUGUAACUGGUACCAACAAAACCCCAUCCGGCCCACGUCCCAAAUGUUGUUCCAUCAUGUAG